CUCUUGGUACGCGCCGCGCUCCCCCGCUCGCCGCAGUGGUUUGGCCGCGGCGACCCCUCUCCAGCGGCGCGUCCCCCGCGCUUGGUACAGCCCUGCCCGUCUCCCCCGAAGCCGCGCGCCCGCGCCCCUCAGUCGGUGGAGCCUGCAGCCCCCCGUGUGGCCCGUGGCAACCCCCAGCCCACUCGGCCCGUGCCCGCCAUGGUCCGUCCGCGCCGCGCUCCGUACCGCUCCGGCGCUGGGGGCCCCCUCGGGGGUCGCGGUCGCCCCCCGCGGCCCCUCACGGUGCGCGCCGCCCGCUCGCGUUCCUGGCCGGCCAGCCCUCGCGGCCCGCAGCCGCCGCGGAUCCGGGCCCGCUCGGCCCCUCCCAUGCAAGGUGCUCGGGUGUUCGGCGCCUUGGGUCCCAUCGGGCCCUCCUCGCCCGGUCUCGCCCUCGGGGGCCUGGCCGUGGGCGAGCACCGGCUCAGCAACAAACUGCUGGCCUGGAGCGGCGUCCUCGAGUGGCAGGAGAAGCGCCGACCCUACUCAGACUCCACCGCGAAACUGAAGCGGGCCCUCCCUUGCCAGGCCUACGUGAACCAGGGCGAGAACCUGGAGACUGACCAGUGGCCCCAGAAGCUGAUCAUGCAGCUCAUCCCGCAGCAGCUGCUGACCACCCUGGGCCCCCUGUUCCGCAACUCCCAGCUGGCGCAGUUCCACUUCACCAACAGAGACUGCGACUCCCUCAAGGGGCUUUGCCGCGUGAUGGGCAACGGCUUCGCGGGGUGUAUGCUCUUCCCCCACAUCUCCCCCUGCGAGGUGCGCGUGCUCAUGCUGCUCUACUCGUCCAAGAAGAAGAUCUUCAUGGGCCUCAUCCCCUACGACCAGAGCGGCUUCGUCAACGCCAUCCGGCAGGUCAUCACCACGCGCAAACAGGCCGUGGGCCCUGGCGGUGUCGCGGGCCCGGUUCAGAUUGUCAACAACAAGUUCCUGGCAUGGAGCGGCGUCAUGGAGUGGCAGGAGCCCAGGCCUGAGCCCAACAGUCGGUCCAAGAGGUGGCUGCCCUCGCAUGUCUACGUGAACCAAGGAGAGAUCCUGAGGACCGAGCAGUGGCCGAGGAAGUUGUACAUGCAGCUCAUCCCGCAGCAGCUACUGACCACCCUGGUGCCGCUGUUCCGGAACUCGCGCCUGGUGCAGUUCCACUUCACGAAGGACCUGGAGACGCUGAAGAGCCUGUGUCGGAUCAUGGACAACGGCUUUGCCGGCUGCGUGCACUUCUCCUACAAGGCGUCGUGCGAGGUGCGCGUGCUCAUGCUGCUGUACUCGUCGGAGAAGAAGAUCUUCAUCGGCCUCAUCCCCCACGACCAGAGCAACUUCGUCAAUGGAAUCCGGCGCGUCAUCGCCAACCAGCAGCAGGUCCUGCAGCGGAACCUGGAGCAGGAGCAGCAGCAGCGCGGGAUGGGGGGGUAGUGGCCACCCCCAGGCUGGGCCCCUCCAGGAGUCACAGACGAGGCCCCUGCCGAAACUGGUGAGUGGCUCCCAGCUCCCUGGGGGGUGUGGAGUUUAGGAAGCCAGAGUGUGGCCCUCCCUGGCCUUGAGACCAGAGCAGAGAGUCAGGUCCAAUUCCACUGGUCCCAGGAGGUGACAGAGCUGCGGUUUCAAGGCCAUGAGCCGUGGGGUGCCCGGGCCAGCCCCUCCCACGAUCCUCCUGCCCGCAGGUCAGAUGCCUCAGAGCAGGGGCCCCUGGGGAUGGCAGCUGCCCAGCGAGAUGGAGGACCGCGGCCGGAGAGGUCUCCAAGGACGGUCCCCACCCCUGUACGUGUCCCCAAUAAAGUCUUUUAAAAGCCCAAUGGC